CGGUUCGGAUGGCUUCUCUGUGCGCUUUGCGGGACGAACGACCGGCGUGGAGAAGGAGGAGAAGGAGGAAGAGGAGGAAGAGGGAGGCUGCAGCUCGGUGUCGGGGAGCCCCGCUUCCAGCCGAGCGACGCCCGCAGCUCCCCGUCUCCCUCACGAAAGAGGCGGCCCCGGCGGUGGGCACCGCUUCGGCUCCUCGGAGGGGACGAGGUUCAAUGUAAUCUUAUUGGGCACCAGCAGUGGAACUGUUCAAAAUGGUUUAUGGUGAAUUUUUCCGCAGACCUGGCAAAGAUGCAGAACUUAUCAAUUUGAAUGUGGGUGGCUUUAAGCAAUCAGUGGAUCAAAGCACUUUGCUCCGAUUUCCUCAUACCAGACUUGGGAAACUUCUCAAAUGCCAUUCAGAAGAGGCUAUUCUAGAACUAUGUGAUGAUUAUAGUGUUGCAGAUAAGGAAUACUAUUUUGACAGGAAUCCCUCCUUGUUCCAAUAUGUUCUGAACUUUUACUACACUGGCAAACUUCAUGUCAUGGAGGAACUUUGUGUCUUUUCCUUCUGCCAGGAAAUAGAGUACUGGGGGAUAAAUGAGCUGUUUAUUGAUUCCUGUUGCAGCAAUCGGUACCAGGAGAGGAAAGAAGAAGGUCCUGAAAAAGACUGGGAUCAGAAAAGCAAUGACAGAAGCUUUGACUCCUCCAAUGAAGAAUCAUCCAUAUUUGAUAAGGAGCUGGAAAAGUUUGAUAAUCUGUGCUUCGGUGAAAUAAGAAGGAAGAUCUGGGUCAGAAUGGAAAAUCCUGCAUACUGCUUGUCUGCCAAGUUAAUUGCUGUGUCCUCCCUGAGUGUUGUCCUGGCAUCAAUCGUGGCCAUGUGCAUUCACAGCAUGCCCGAAUUUCAAAGGCUGGAUGCCAAUGACAGAGAGAUUGAAGACCCUGUGCUGGAAGCUGUGGAGAUUGCGUGCAUCAUCUGGUUCACUGCUGAGCUAGUGAUCAGGCUCAUCACCGCUCCAAGUCAAAAGAAGUUCUGGAAGAAACCAUUGAAUAUCAUUGAUUUUGUCUCUAUUAUCCCAUUUUAUGCCACCUUGGCUGUGGACACAAAGGAAGAAGAAAGUGAGGACAUUGAAAACAUGGGGAAAGUGGUGCAGAUCCUGCGGUUAAUGAGGAUAUUUCGCAUCCUGAAACUGGCCAGGCACUCUGUAGGACUGCGGUCUUUAGGUGCUACUUUGAGACAUAGCUACCAGGAAGUUGGACUUCUCCUUUUGUUUUUGUCUGUUGGGAUUUCUAUUUUUUCAGUUCUUGUCUACUCAGUGGAGAAGGAUGAUGACUCUUCAGAACUGCACAGCAUCCCCGUUUGCUGGUGGUGGGCAACCAUCAGCAUGACUACUGUUGGUUAUGGGGACACUUACCCAGUCACACUUGCUGGAAAGCUGCUCGGCACCUUAUGCAUUAUCUGUGGGAUACUAGUGGUGGCACUUCCAAUCACCAUUAUUUUCAAUAAGUUCUCUAAGUACUAUCAAAAGCAAAAAGAUAUUGACCCAGACCAAUGCAACAAUGAUCGCAAAGAGAAAUGUAAUGAUCUACCUUAUUUUAACAUUAGAGAUAUUUAUGCAAAAAAGAUGCACUCAUUCAUUUCAAGCCUUUCCUCAGUAGGAAUCGUAGUCAGUGACCAAGAUUCAACAGAUGCCUCCAGCAUCCAGGAUAUGGAAGAUGUUUAUCACACAGCUACUUUAGAUAAUGGUGCAGGAAAAUGAGUGGAAUCACCUUCUCUUUUCCUCAUUUUUCUUUUCUGAGUCCUGGUAAACAUGGACUUAAAGACUUCAGUGAAUUUAUUAAGUGCAUUUAAUUCUCAGGGUACUUAACUCUUAGCCAUAUUUGGACAUUCUUUGCUCUGAGGAUGCCAUACAAGCUUUGUCGGUUAUAGGAGGCUUUAAAAUAUGCCUCAUGUGGUAGUUUGGUUUUUACACAACAAGUGAUAUGUAUUUUCUUUGAGGAAAAAAGUCAGGAAAACAGUUUUAAAUGUGAGGUCAUUGUUUCCUGCAGCAAUAUGAUAGCUUACACAGAAUCUUGCUGCUGUUCAAGUAGAUGUAUAUUGCAAACACAUAAAACCUAUGGCACAUCAGUGGAGUUUGUACUGAAAAUAUAUCAGAAGAAAGAAGGAACUAUCUACAUGUAAAGCUGUGCUCACUAACACAUUCAUGUAAUCCUGGAAUUGGGAACCAACUUGGAACAGAAAAUGUAUUGGUACAUAGUGUUCUUAAUCCAUGGCAGCAUAUUUAUGAAUUUCUUUCCAAAAGCACAAUGCAUUCUUAUUUUGUUAAAAAAAAUAAUUCCAUUGUGCCUAUAUUUUUCCCAGUGUCCCACCUCUAGCAUGGACAAGCUCUGUCAAGUCCUGAAGGUUCUAAACCACGUGCACCAGGAUGAAACUUGAGGCCUAAGGCCAGCCAGGAGCUUAUUGUACCUUUUAGCCACCAUCUCUGCCAUUGCAAACCUGAGCUGUUUCAGUGCCUGGAGAGGAUCCUGCUGUGGUUAUGACUUCCUCGGAGGCUUUGUUUUGUGGGCACUGAAGUGAACUGCCAUGGUGGACUUCAGAACUUACUGCUGCGUGCUGUCAGCUCUGCUCCUUUGCUGGAGGAAGUUGCCUCAGUGGGUAACAGCAAACAUGAGCAGCAUCUUGCUGCACUGGUUCCCAGUCCAGGGCUUUAAUGCCAAGCAUUGGAGAUGUGUGGAAAUGCUCUCCUGUACUAUGUAUUUCCCUUCAGCGGUAGGGUAUGAACUGCAUGUGGGCAUGCAUAUGUUAACCUAUUGCAGGUCAUUUUCUGAAGCUCAUCUGUUGGGGAUGGCAGCCGUCCUGGCUUGUACUGUGGGCUGGAGCAGUGCUCGUGGCCUGGCAGAGCUCUGCAGCACUGUGUGUUCCUCUUCUCUCCAGGGAUUUCUUAUGCAGCCAGCUAAUCCUGCUGUGCUUCAGGCUGCACUUUCCAGGGGUACGUGAAGGAAAAGCUGGCACUGAAAGCCCCCCAACCACGGAAUGCUUAAGAAACUUCGGAACCUCAGAAGUCAGUAAUACUUCUGAACACUCUUUUUUUUUUUUUUUUUUUUUUUUUUUUUUUGGUAGUAGAUGCUGGGCAGUGAAGAAUCCAAGCUACUGCGAUGUUGAUGUUUUGCUUAAAGAAAGACUUCACUGGUUUUUUGUUGUUAUUAUUGUUUUUUUAUAUCAAUCUCUAAUGGGCUGAAUCCUGGUAGCCCUUAGUCAGUCUCUAUGCAGGCAGAUCAAACACAGUAGGAGUUGACUUCAAGACUGAAUAAACCCAGACGGGAGCCCAUUUCUAGCCUCUGCAGAGUAGCUCAGAGGGCUGUUUUUUCAGGUGUGUAUCAGGAUUUCUGUUGUAAAGUACAUUGAGUUGCACUGAUACUUGCUGAGGCACAGAGCUCCAACCUCUUUGCAGGUCAGUGAAACAAAAGAGAACGGGAUGGACUACCUAUAUCUUGAAAAGAGGUGUUCUUCAGGAGGAUUGUGCACCAGUAUAGUUGAGACUAUAUGUGAGACUUGGGACACUUUGAGUUUUGCAGAAACUUCACAAUUUGGAUUAUUAUUGGCUGAGUGUCUUAAGGGUAUGUGAUGCUUCACAGGUAAUCAAAAUUAAUUCUUCCCAUUGUAAAUGCAGGAAAACCAAAAGGGAAAGUUAGCCUACAUGUGUUUUGUUCUUAGCGAACAGUUAGCAUUACAAAGAUGCAAUGAUAUAAAAUAAUAAAUAUGUAUGUGCAUAUGAAUGUAAUAGGAACCAGCAGAAUAACAAUAUAAAAAUUGCUCUGUCCAAAGAAACUCUCUUGGUGUAAUCCAUAUGUAGAUCAUGUUGUUGAAAUUUAAAAGCAAUGAAAAAAUAUUGUAAUGCAACAAAAACAGCAAGAAAUUUGUAUUAAACAGCUGAAAAAACCUAGUAUUGAAAAAUCUCUUUUUGUAUAUUAAGCAUUACACAGAAAUGGUACUAAACAGUUAUUUGUCAUAAAUUGAACUACCUUUGAUCAGUCACAUAAGGAUGUGGCACAAAGUUUCUCUGCCUUUUUCCGGAUAAAUUGACCUUGCACUGCGGUGAGGCAUGUCUUUUAGACUGUGUAAUAGGAGGGAACCCUUUUGCCAUGCAAAGUGCUAUUUUGAUAUCUGUGUUUUUCAGAAAAGGCUUUGUUGUAAUCUUUCUCCUUUCCCAUAAAUGAGAGCAGGGUGUGAGCUGAAAGGUGCUGCUCUCAAAGCAGAACGUCACGUCCUGUAAUGUGCAAUGGUACGAGAAAGUAACACAGAUCUCGAGUACCAUAAAAAGCAGAUGAGAGUAAGUACAGAGAUGCUGGGUGGUCUUUCUGCUGGUGGAAGUUUUACUAGAAGAAUUUUCUAUCAAAAACUGAACAUAAGUGUUGACUUGUUUCCUAUUAAUGUCCUUUUUUUGUCUAGAGUUGCGUAUUAUCAAGAAAUAGUAUCAAUGGAAGGCAGAUUAUCUUUAAUGCUUUUGUUAUUCCUGUACCUUUUUCCUGUAUGCUUUUCUCUUUAAAAAUGCUGCUUAAAUUCUCUCCAUCCAGCUGCUGUUUCAGAUAAAAAAGCACAGAAGAGGUUAUGUUCAGACACGUGUCCCAUUUUGCAUGGGAGGGAAUUGCUGGUCUUUAAACAAAACAGCUUCCUGGCACAUCAUUAGUUUCUUUGUCUUGAUGGCAAACACCGCCCUUUUGCUAUUCAGUUUUUCCACAGCAGCAUCCAUCCUUGUGUAGUUCUGUCCCAAAGCAGU